AUGGCGGAAGUUAUUCAUCAACAAAUGAAUGAAAAUCCUAGAAAUGUUUUAUUCAAUUUGCAUGCGUCAUUAGAACAACUACGAGAAAAAGAAAAGAUAAGAGGACCUGUUACAAUGUUGGUCGGACCGACUGAUGUGGAUAAAUCUACUCUUUGUAGAAUACUACUAAACUACAGUGCACAAAUGAAUGCUCUUGAUAUAGACUCAUCUAUGUCGAUCUGGAUCCGGGUCAGGAACAAAUAUCAGUUCCAGGAACAAUUGAUAGUUGAAAGGAGUUAUAAGUUUAGAUUGAAAGGUAGAAAAGCACGUAUUCGAGAAUUCUUUUAUGGUAAUCCUAGAAAUGUACUUCAUCCACACACCUGUGUAGUAAGGUCUUCUGACAUAAAAGUAUAUAGAAUUGGAGCGCCAUCCAUUCCAAAUCCAUUGAAACCAUUAGAUAUGCAAAAAACCAAUUAA